UCAAUCAGCUGGCCGAUUUAUGCUUUUUUUUGUUGAUCAAAAAAUGAAUUUUUUUUUUUUUGAAUCAUAAUCAAUAAUGAAUAGCGGCAGUGGUAGAUAUAAAUUUGCCAUCCCAUUGGAUGCAAAUGUUCCGAUUUCGGCUGAACAAUUCAAUAAAUUGGUACCGAAUCCAGCCAAAAAAUAUCCAUUUGAAUUGGAUACGUUCCAGAAACAGGCUAUCAUUCAUAUUGAAAAAGGAGAAAACGUUUUUGUUGCCGCUCAUACAUCGGCAGGUAAAACGGUAGUGGCCGAAUAUGCAAUCGCAUUAGCAUUUGCCAAUAAAACACAAGUUAUAUACACAUCGCCAAUAAAAGCUUUAUCAAAUCAAAAAUUUCGUGACCUACGACAGGAAUUCAAAAACGUUGGCAUCAUUACAGGUGAUGUUCAACUUAAUUCGGAGGCACCAUGUCUUGUCAUGACUACCGAAAUUCUUCUUCAAAUGCUUUACGCCAGUUCUGAAACGCUUAAUCAUUUGGAAUUUGUCAUCUUUGAUGAAUGUCAUUAUGUUAACGAUACGAAACGUGGUCAUGUUUGGGAAGAGGUUUUCAUACUUUUACCGUCUACGGUUAAACUUGUUUUGCUCAGCGCCACUGUACCGAAUGUUAUUGAAUUUUCCGAUUGGCUUGGUCGUACACGACAACGACAAAUCUAUGUAAUCAGUACAACACGCCGUCCAGUGCCGCUAAAACAUUAUCUCUACUUGGGCCGUGAUGGUAAGACACAGAAUCAACAAAUUCUUAUUCUUGACGGUGAUGGCCCUAUCAACAAAACAAAUCAUGAGUUAGCUACCGAUUUAAUGGAUCAACGGAAAGCAAAAUUUGGUUUCAUCAAACGUACACCACAAACCGAACGUAACAUAUAUCUGAAUCUAAUACGUCAUCUACAAAAGAAUGACAAACUACCGGUCAUUUGUUUUACAUUGUCGCGAAGAAAAUGUGAUCAAAACCUUGCAAUGUUGUUAAGUAUCAAAGAAGAAAAUUCAACAUUGACGAACAAGAGAGAAUCAUUCUACAUCAAACGUUUCAUAUACAAACAUUUGAAAAAUUUAGACAAAACCGAUUUCGAGCUUGAACAAGUAAAACGAGUUAGUACAAUGUUGGUCCGUGGUUUUGGUGUCCAUCAUUCGGGCAUUUUACCCAUCCUGAAAGAAUUGACUGAAAUUUUAUUCAGCACUGGUUUGGUGAAAGUUUUAUUUGCCACUGAAACAUUUGCAAUGGGUGUGAAUAUGCCCGCAAGAACGGUGGUGUUUGAUUCGUUGAACAAACAUGAUGGAAUUUGUCGACGAUUUUUACGACCAGCCGAAUAUAUUCAGAUGGCGGGUCGUGCAGGUCGACGUGGUAAAGAUACAGAAGGAACGGUCAUCAUUGUAGCCAAAUAUGAGGUUCCGUCAUUGGUUGAAUUGAAUCUUGUUAUGAAAGGUUCAGCACAGCUAUUGGAAUCACAAUUUCGUCUUACCUAUCAUAUGAUUUUGAAUAUGCUCAAGAGCCAAGCUUCAUCCAUUGAAGAAUUUCUCGAACGUUCAUAUCGUGAACAUAACAAGGUACUAGCUUCAUCAUCGGUUGAAUCUGGUAUUCAACAGCUCACCCUCAAGAUGAAUGAAUUGGUUGAACUUUCAUGUGAAAAGUGUUCUACCGAUAUCAAUGAAUGGUUUGAACAUUUCAAAACGUUCAAAGAAUAUAAACGAUCUUUGAUGAACAAGAUUAUUCUUCGAGCUUCGGAUAGGAAAUUAUUGAAUUCAGGUCGAAUUAUCGUAUUUGAAGAUACGGAUCAAAUCGUACGGGCUGGCUUAUUAAUAAAAUCACUAAAAUCUGCCAAUGCAAUCAAUGAAUUGGUCAUAUUAUUUGCUGGUGAAAAAGAUGACUUGGAAGUGAAAUCUAUACCAGUGCAGGAAGUAAUAUGUUUACUUAACAAACAGGUUAAAGGAAUUGAUUCAGCAGAAAUCAACAUCGAAAAUGAGAAAUCAAAAUCAUCGUUUGGAAGAAACAAAAGAAAAUUUGCAACCGAAGAUGCUGGCCAAAAAUUGAAUGAUCUGAAUUUACCUGCAAAUUUUCAACUACUAGUUUAUGUAGCAGAUAAUUUUAUAGGCCACGAUAAACUGGGAAAAUUAGAUCCCGAUACAAUAAUGUUGUUACAGGAAUAUGGCCGAGCUUUGAAGUCGGUGAGCAAAGGUCAUUAUGCUUGCAUUCGAUGUGAACAAUUUUUGGCACAUUAUCACAUUUAUCGGGCACGUGCUGAAAUGCAAGAUUCUCUUGAACAAUUAGAUUUCAAACUAUCGAAUGAAAGUUUGGAACUAUUACCCGAAUAUCGACAACGGACCGAAGUGUUGAAAGAUUAUCAUUUUCUUGAUGAACAUCUUGUUUUACAGCCAAAAGGUCAUAUAGCUAGUUGCUUAUCAGAAAGUGAAUUAAUUAUCACUGAAGUGGUAUUCGAAAAUCUUCUUGGUAAUCUAAGUGACGAAGCUAUACCGGCGGUAUUGUCUUGUUUCAUUUUCGAUAGUAAACGUGCCGAUCAAAGUGUUGAAUCAACACAACAUAUACAAGAGAUUGAAGAAUUGGAUAAUAUAAUCAAAAAAAUUGUUCAAAUAUGCAUAAAAUUUGGACGGGCUGAAAAUGAACGCGGUAUUGAAGAUAAUGAUACUCAUUAUUUAGAUCAAUUGAAUCUGGAUCCGGUACGUGCCGUUUAUGAAUGGGCUAAAGGACAACAUUUUGCCGAUAUUAUGAAAUACACUGGUUUACAAGAAGGUAUAAUGGUCCGUUGUAUACAGCGUGUGGAUGAAUUGAUUAAAAAUGUUCGAAUCGCUUCACGUAAUUUGGAUCUUGUGGAUUUCCAAACAAAAUUGGAACGAUCAUCAAAAUUGAUUCGUCGAGAUAUUGUUUUCAUGCCUUCAUUAUAUACAACUCGAGAUAUGGUUGAUGUUAUUGAUCAUGAUAAUGAUAAUAAACAACAAAACACCUUUAUUCAACAAGAUGUUGUUGAUGGCCAAAUUGUCAACAUAGAACCUAAUGAUUAUACUGAUGAUGAUGAUGAUGAUGAUGAAAUAGAUCUUGGUAAUGAUUUUUUCAGCUAUCGAUUCGAUGAUACCAAAUUUAUUGAAAAUCCGGAAGCAUUGAACGAGGAAAAUUUUAGCGCCAAUUUUCUUUGAAAUUUGUUUUCUAAUUCUAUAUUUUUUAUCUAAAAUUUUCUCGAUGAAAAAAUCUGUGAUAAAAUUCUAGAAAAUAUUAAUCGAUUCUUUGAAAAAAAAAUUUUAUUUACAAUAAAAAUUUGUUCAUGUAAUUAA